AAACGCAGGCAAGACGAGAGGCAGGGAAGGCUGAGCAGAAAAAGCCAAGCGAGGGGCGACAGAAACGGCCAGGGUGCCACUCCAUGUUUUCUAUGGUGACUGUUCCGGCGUGACAUUUGCAAAUGACGUUGCAGGCAAUAUGGCCGGCACUAGGAUGUCAACGCACCAACAGCAGAGAAGCCAGUCCCACAAAGGGCCCAAAUAUAAAGCAGUGAAUUCACCCUGGGGUGGAAGUCAGAAUUUUUCCUGUCCUAAUCCAACACUACCACCAUUUACCAUCACAACUACUAUAGACCUCUUCCACUGGAGACUUCUCCUCAGUGUCAUAGCUCUGUUCCGUCACCUCAUUCGCUCAUCAAUCUCCUCUCCAAAUCUCCAUAACGCAGCAAAUUCUUGCUUCCUGCUAACCUCUUUGUAAGCUGCUGAGGCCAUGGCAGUGCCUUCAGCUCAUGAAUUUCAUUGGCAGAGCCUAGCACGACUGCCCAGUGGCCGUGUCUACCACACUCUAUCAGAGGUGGGAGGGCAGAUGUACAUGCUGGGGGGCUGCGAUGCUGCAGGGAGGCCAUGCCCCUCCGUGGAACUGUACUCGCCAGAGGAGGACCGAUGGAUAUGCCUUCCCUCUAUGCCCACCCCACGAGCUGGAGCUGCUGUGGCAGUCCUUGGAAAGCAGAUCAUAGUGGUGGGAGGAGUGGGAGAAGACCAAAGACCAUUAAAGGUGGUAGAAAUGUAUAACACCGAGGAAGGUAGGUGGAGGAGGAGGAGUGCUCUGCGGGAGGCCCUGAUGGGUGUGUCCAUCACUGUAAAAGAUGUAGACGGCCGUGCUCUUGCUGUAGGUGGGAUGGGUGCUGACUUGCUCCCUCGUAACAUCCUUCAACAGUAUGACCUUCGUAAGGAUGUGUGGGCUCUACUUCCUCCCAUGCCAACCCCACGCUACGAUGCCAACACACAUUUAUUUGACAGCAAACUCUAUGUAGCAGGUGGUCGCCAGUGUAAGCGGCCUGUGAAGGCCUUUGAGAUGUAUGACAUAGAAACACGCGCAUGGACAACGCUUCCAAUGCUGUCAUGCAAGCGCUCAUAUGGAGGUGCGAUAUGGGACAGUGCUGGGAAGCUGUGUUUGCUGGGAGGUCUGCGCCAGGGAGGAGGGCAUCAGAGCUCAAAAUUUACCAAGAACGUCAACAUUUUUGACUGUAACCAAGGUAUUUGGCUGAAAUCAGACGACACAGUUUCCUUGAAGAAAAAAAGAGCGGACUUUGUCGCCACUUUCCUGCGGGGCCGCAUGGUUGUAGCAGGUGGACUUGGUCAUGAGCCUUCUGCACUGGACACAGUGGAGGCUUUUCAUCCUUUGAAGAAAAAAUGGGAACAGUUGUCAUCCAUGACAUUCCCCCGAUGCUCGGCCUCCUUCAUCGUCAUCAGAGAUCGGCUUUUAGUGGUUGGUGGAGUCAACCAGGUGCCCAGCUCGGCCCAUGAAAUACUCUAUGUAAAAGAAGAGGAAUAUCUGUAGUCCAAUCCAAUCAAUGAAGCACAUCACUAGGAGUACACUUUUUGUCACAAUGUACUGUAAUGGGAACUGACUUCUGACUGCCCCCGGUUGGGCUUUAAUAAUCCUGCAAUUGUUCAUUGAGCCACCAAUGACAGUAAUGCAAAUUUUACUUUUAUAUACAAAAUUAGCUUUCUGAGGAAGUCUUAGUAUCUAAUGGUUUUACAUUGUACGUUGUAGUGCACACAUUUUGUUGCUUAUUCCAAUGAAUGUGGAGACUUGUACAGUCUUGACAAAUAUAUUAGACAGCCACCAGGGGAGAUUUCAUGGCAGCUGCCAUAAAUUUACUGUGCAUUUUGGGCCAUUGUAAUGGUUAAUACAUCAGUAGGUAGAAGCUCUUUAAUGAAACCAGUAAUAAUAAUAUUUAUACUAUUAUUGAUUAUUAUUAUUAUUAUUCACUCUUCCAUCUUCCGUAGCAGUUAUCCUCACUAUGGUCGCUAGUGCGCUGGAGCCUAUCCCAGAUGACUCUGGUGGAGAGGCAUGGUACACUCUGAACUGGUCACCAGCCAAAUUGCAAGGCACAUAUAAACAAACUACCAUUCGCACUCACAUUCCCACCUAUGGGCUAUUUAGACUCUUCAAUUAACCUACCUGGGGAUGUGGAAGGAAACUGAAGUACCUGGAAAAAACCCACGCAACCCUGGGGAGAAAAUACUAACUCUACACACACGAUGCUGAAUUUGAACCUGGGUCAUCAGAAAUUACAAUUAUCAUCAUUAGCAGCAGCAGCAGUCAUCCAUUUUCUAUGGCACUUAUCCUCAUUAGGGUUUCCUGUAAGAGGGGGGUGUCUAAUCCUGCUGAAUUUUGGUCUGAGAGGCAGAGUAUAAUCUGAACAGAUGAAAGGCAAAUCCAGGGCAUGUGGACAGUCGUGGCCAAAAGUUUAGAGAAUGACACCAGGAUUGCUUUUCACAAACUUUGCUGCUUCAGUCUUUUUAUUAUACUGAAGUAUAAUUGCAAGAAUUUGCAGUGUUGAUCUUUCUUUUUCAAGACCUCUGCAAUUCGCCCUGGCAUGCUGUCAAUUAACUUCUGUUCCUGGAGUUUGUCAGAAUUUGUCAGUUUUUGUUUUUCCACCCACCUCUUGAGGACUAACCAUAAAUUCACAAUGGGAUUAAGGUCUGGGGAGAUUCCUGGCCAUGGACCCAAAAUGUCAGUGUUUUUCUCUCUAAAGUUCAUUUUCAUGGCAAAUAGGGACUUUGCAAUUAGUAUCAAUUCAUCUGAUCACUUUUCAUAAUAUUGUGGAGUACAUUCAAAUUACCAUCAUAAAAAUUGAGGCAGUAGAUUUUGUGAAAAUUUAUAUUGGUGUUAUUCUCAAAACUUUGGGCCACGGCUGUAUAUGCAAGCAACCAUUCACAUUCACACUAUUUUUAGAGUGUUCAAUGAAUCUAACAUGCAGGAUUUUGGAAUGUUUAACCAGAAUACGUGAAGAAACACACACUAGGAAAUUAGGAAUAUGCAAAUUUCACACAGGGAAACUGGAGCUCUCUUAUUAUCAAUCCAUCCAUUGUCUUUGCCGCUUAUCCUCACGGUGGUUGCGGGGAGAGCUGGAGCCUAUUCCAGCUGUCAACGGGCAGGAGGCGGGGUACACUCAGAACUGGUUGCCAGCCAAUCGCAGGGCACAUUGAAACAAACAGCCGCAUUUACAAUCACACCUAGGGCAAUUUAGAGUGUUGCAUGUUUUUGGAAUGUGGGAGGAAAUCGGAGUGCCUGAAGGGAACCCACGCAGGCACGGGGAGAACAUGCAAACUCCAGACAGGCGGGUCCGGGAUUGAACCUGGGACCUCAGAACUGUUAUUAUUAUUAAUAUGCUAUCAGUAAAUAGAAAUGUACUGUUUAAAAAAACACCCAAAAGGUAGUAGCACACAGUAUGGUUUCCUGAUACAAUCAUCGCUAUUGACUUGUAUUUGUGAAGAGAAGAAAAUUGUCUUUUGAGUUGAAUGUUAUACCUGAUUAAUGUAUGACUGCUCAAAGAAAGAUCACUAAAAAUAAAUGUAGGUAUAACUGUGAAAUUGGUCAAAUGUUGAGAGCUCACACAAAAUAAUCGAUAGAGUCUACAUAAAGUUCUUCCUGUAUGAUGGUCUCAGAGGGAAAUGGUGGUGGUGUAAUCAAUUUAAGUACCAUAUUUGAAGUUGACAUAUUUUAUAUUUAUAUUUUAGUUUGUACAAAAUCCACCUUUUAAAGUAGGAUAGUAUGACUGGCAUAUUAAAGUUCAUAAAAUGCUCUCUAAAUUUGCAUUUGCACGAGAGUAAAAUUUUUCAUCAGUAUUUAUUCUAUAUAUAUGGAGGUACAAAAAAUGCAGUGAUAAACUGCUGUGAUUCCCACGCUCUCUGUUGCAGCAGUGCACAAAUGUUCGAAUGUAGGUAUGGUUUAAUAAACUGUUUAUCAGGGGCAGAACACAGGAGACCAUCCAGAUGCAAGACUCAUGACAAGUUGUAGUGUGAGCAGAGGGUUUUAAUGGCAGGCAAAAGAUCGGUACUCAGGCGGUCAGUCCAAAAUGCAGGAGUAUCCAAAACGUGAGGCAAAAGGCACAGUUAAAAACACAAUGCAACGUCGGAUUGCUGUGAGUCAUAAAUGUGGAGCGAGGAAUGCGGGAACGUGACAUCAAGGCACAACAAACUUGCAACGAAUCACAUGACACACGAGGCUGGUAUGCAAGGCACAAUUACCAAACAAGGAAACGGUAGGGAGGCUGCUCUCAGGAGCCGUUGUGCACGAGGCACAGGGAAUAACCACGGCCAUGACACUGUGUUAUGAAUAUAAUUUUGUAUUACGACAUCAGGCAAUAGAUAAUGGCAUAUACAAUAGUAAAUUGAUUGUACAUUUAAUUAUCAAAGGAAUAGAAUACAACUUUCCUUUUCUUGUUUUGUUUGUUGAGGUUUCUCAUCUCUAAUGGGCUCUCCAGUAUCAUACGUAAUUCCAGAAUUGACUCUUAAAUGAAGGAAAACACGAUGUAUCUCCCAUAUAUGCCAACUAGAAGGUACCCACGUGUAUACAUGUAUACUUAAAUAGAUUUAUAUAUAUGGUUACAUUAUAUAAAUAUAUAUUAUACUUUGUAUAUAAUAUAUUUAAACCUAUGUACAAUGAGCUUCAUAAAUUUGCUACUAUCCAUGCAUUUUUCCCAAAAAUAGUCUGGUCUGUGUGCAUGUACUGACACAUUUCAGAUAUUUUUAAAACUAUAUAUUAAUCUUAAGAAUGGGUUGUGUUUUACACAGGUACAGUGAAGAAAAUGAGCAUUU